UUGGUGCGUUCUUACCCACCCGUUCCCCCGCUCCGCCCGGUACCAAGAUGGCGGCAGAAGCGGCUGGUGGGAAAUACAGAAGCACAGUCAGCAAAAGCAAAGACCCCUCGGGGCUGCUCAUCUCUGUGAUCAGGACCCUGUCGACCAGUGAUGAUGUGGAAGACCGAGAGAGUGAGAAGGGGCGUCUCGAGGAGGCCUAUGAGAAGUGUGACCGGGACCUGGACGAGUUGAUUGUGCAGCACUACACGGAACUGACCACAGCCAUCCGCACGUACCAGAGCAUCACGGAGCGCAUCACCAACUCCCGAAACAAAAUUAAGCAGGUGAAAGAGAAUCUGCUUUCGUGCAAGAUGCUGUUGCACUGCAAGAGGGACGAGCUUCGGAAACUGUGGAUCGAAGGAAUUGAACAUAAGCAUGUCCUGAACCUGCUGGAUGAAAUUGAGAAUAUCAAGCAAGUGCCUCAGAAGCUGGAACAGUGCAUGGCGAGCAAGCACUACCUCAGUGCCACCGACAUGCUGGUGUCAGCAGUCGAGUCCUUGGAGGGCCCCUUGCUGCAGGUGGAAGGACUGAGUGACCUUAGGUUGGAGCUUCACAGCAAGAAGAUGAACCUCCACCUGGUUCUCAUAGAUGAGCUGCAUCGGCACUUGUACAUCAGAUCCACCAGCCGGGUUGUGCAGCGGAACAAGGAGAAAGGGAGAGUGAGCUCCCUUAUAAAAGAUGCUUCUCCUGUUCCUCUGAUUGAUGUUACAAACCUUCCUACGCCUCGAAAAUUCCUUGAUACCUCUCAGUUUUCUACUCCUGGAAGCUCAAGUGCAAGGGAGAUGAACCUGCAGGACAUCAAGGAGGAUUUGGAAUCGGAUCCAGAGGAGAACAGCACCCUUUUUAUGGGCAUCCUCAUCAAGGGGCUGGCCAAACUGAAGAAGAUUCCAGAGACUGUUAAGGCGAUCAAAGAACGCUUGGAGCAGGAGCUACAGCAAAUUGUGAAGAGGUCUACAACCCAGGUAGCAGACAGUGGCUAUCAGAGAGGAGAGAACCUCACUGUGGAGAACCAACCAAGGUUGCUUCUGGAGCUGCUGGAGUUGCUGUUUGACAAGUUUAAUGCUGUAGCCACUGCACACUCCGUGGUCCUGGGGUACCUGCAGGACACUGUUGUGGCCCCACUGACUCAGCAGGAUGAUGUCAAGUUGUACGAUAUGGCGGACGUGUGGGUGAAGAUCCAAGAUGUUCUGCAGAUGCUGUUGACUGAGUACUUGGAUAUGAAAAAUACUCAUACGGCCUCUGAACCAUCAGCUCAACUAAGUUAUGCCAGCACUGGACGCGAUUUUGCAGCCUUUUUUGCCAAGAAGAAACCUCAAAGGCCAAAAAAUUCUCUUUUUAAGUUCGAGUCAUCCUCCCAUGCCAUCAGUAUGAGUGCCUACUUGCGAGAGCAGAGGCGGGAGCUCUACAGUCGCAGUGGAGAACUCCAAGGGGGUCCUGAUGACAACUUAAUUGAAGGUGGAGGAACCAAAUUUGUCUGCAAACCUGGAGCCAGAAAUAUUACUGUCAUAUUCCACCCAUUACUAAGAUUUAUUCAAGAGAUCGAGCAUGCCCUGGGACUUGGCCCAACCAAACAGUGCCCUCUUCGAGACUUUCUCACCAUGUACAUCAAAAACAUCUUCCUCAAUCAGGUCUUGGCAGAGAUCAACAAGGAGAUUGAAGGUGUCACCAAAACAUCUGACCCCUUGAAGAUCCUAGCUAAUGCAGACACCAUGAAGGUGAUGGGGGUGCAGCGGCCUCUCCUACAGAGCACAAUCAUUGUGGAGAAGACCGUGCAGGACCUCAUGAACCUGAUGCACGACCUGAGCGCCUACUCAGAUCAGUUUCUCAACAUGGUGUGCGUGAAACUCCAGGAGUACAAGGACACCUGCACUGCGGCCUGCAGGGGCAUUGUUCAGUCAGAAGAGAAACUUGUCAUCAGCGCAUCGUGGGCAAAAGACGAUGACAUCAGCAGACUCCUGAAAUCUCUGCCAAACUGGGUGAACAUGGCUCAGCCCAAACAGCUGAGGCCAAAGAGAGAAGAGGAAGAAGAUUUCAUAAGGGCAGCCUUUGGCAAGGAGUCGGAAGUCCUUAUUGGGAACCUGGGAGAUAAGCUAAUCCCUCCGCAAGACAUCCUCCGUGAUGUCAGUGACCUCAAAGCUUUGGCCAACAUGCAUGAAAGCCUGGAGUGGCUAGCAGGUCGAACAAAGUCAGCUUUCUCCAAUCUUUCUACGUCGCAGAUGCUGUCUCCGGCUCAGGAGAGCCACGUGACCAUGGAUCUGCCCCCAGUGUCAGAGCAGAUCAUGCAGACGCUGAGUGAACUUGCCAGAUCUUUCCAGGAUAUGGCUGACCGCUGCUUGCUGAUGCUGCAUCUGGAAGUCAGGGUUCACUGUUUCCACUAUCUCAUCCCCCUUGCAAAGGAGGGGAACUACGCCAUCGUGGCUAAUGUGGAAAGUAUGGAUUAUGACCCUUUGGUGGUCAAGCUCAACAAAGACAUCAGCGCCAUUGAAGAGGCCAUGAGUGCCAGCCUUCAGCAGCACAAGUUCCAAUAUAUAUUUGAAGGCCUGGGUCAUCUGAUCUCCUGCAUCCUCAUUAAUGGUGCCCAGUACUUCAGACGCAUCAGUGAGUCCGGCAUCAAGAAGAUGUGUAGGAACAUCUUUGUCCUGCAGCAGAAUUUGACCAACAUCACCAUGUCGCGGGAGGCAGACCUGGACUUUGCAAGGCAGUAUUACGAGAUGUUAUACAACACGGCCGACGAACUCCUGAACCUGGUGGUGGACCAGGGCGUGAAGUACACGGAGCUAGAGUACAUCCACGCCCUGACCUUGCUGCACCGCAGUCAGACUGGGGUAGGAGACCAGACCACCCAGAACAUGAGGCUGCAGCGGCUCAAGGAGAUCAUUUGCGAGCAGGCUGCCAUCAAGCAGGCCACCAAGGAUAAGAAAAUAACUACGGUUUAAUCGGGCACACUGCUGGGGGCGGGGGGGGGAAGCGGGGGGGGGAACGAGCAGGGUUGGGGCCACCAUUUUUGUUCAUUCAGUCCUCUUUGCUUCUUUCUCUGGUAUCUUAUUGGGUGUAUUCAGAGUGGAUUUGCUUUUCUCUAUGCUGAUGCUUUAGUGGAGAGAAGACGUGAGGGUAUUUUUUUGUGUCUCUUUGGGCUUUUCCUAUAAACUCUAAAGGGAGUUUGCAGUACAGACUGUUUUGAUUUCAUGUCUUCCCUAGCGCAGUCGGUUCCAAAGGAUAGAGUGACGAGGGUGAGGUGAGAGGAAGGUUUAUCAAAUUGGACUCUGAAAAAAAUGAGUGCACAAAUUACAGCUACCAGCCGUCUUUGGAAAGCAGACUGGCUCCCUCAGUUUUCGCCCCUUCCUAAAACACUUUAUAGGGUUCUCUUGCACAGACAGUAGCUUCUGACUCUCUCGACCCUGUCAGUUUACAGUUCAAUGAAAUGAGCAUAUGUGCAUUGCCUUCCGUCUCUAUUGCCAACCUCAGAUCAGUGGCUUCUCAACUGGCUGUAAUUUUCAACAAGUUUUCCUAACCAAAAUAGGACCUCUUUGGGGCUAGGGGGAAAAGUCCUUUAUCUCGGUCCCUGAGCAAGUUCUGUGUAUGGCAGCUUGUACACAGAAUGUAGUCCGCGUAUUGCCUUUUUGUCUUUACUGCUGCUGCAUCAAAACCAAUAGCCUUCAAAUUAAUCACAAAAAUGGAACAAUGAAAGGCAGUCUGCCCUUCUCUUGAUUUUUUAACCUCUGCUUUCCAAGAGAAAAUUGUGGGUGAAGAACUUUGAUUCUCAGUUAAACACUGUUUGGAUGUGAGCGGUUCUUAGAUGCUUACUUGCUCUCGAUGUGAGCCCCUAGGUCUUCCUCACCUUAGAAAGUUGCCCUGGUCCACUCAGCUGAGUGCCCGGAAGAUGGGAGGGCAUGACAUUCAACCUCUGUGUACCCACCAGCGGAGGCCAUUUCUAAAAUGUUCCCAGAUGGUUUGGCUGCUCACCUCUCCUGGCACACUGGACCCCGCCAUUGUCCCCCAAGUCUCCAAGUAUUCCUCCUGCCCAUGGUUGAUAUGUCACAGGAGAAAGCAAUGCACUGAUUGGGACACACCUUGGAAACACGUGGAGGGUAGAGCAGGAAGGAUACAUGGUGAUGCCCCAUAUUGUGAUGGUCCAAAAUUGUACACCUGUUUGUACAGGUUUGGUCUUUGUGGGAAAGGCAGAAAUUAAAGAAUCUUUUGAGAAGCUGAAAUAA